AUGUCGUUCGUCGGCGAUAGAAGGGUGUUUUAUUGCUAUAUGGUUUUGCUACUUGUCGUUCCGGUGAUACAGAUUUGGGUCUGCCAUGACUGUAAAGUUGGAGCAGUGAGGUCGUUUCCGGGAAGUGAUAUGGUAGUAGUGAAGGGAAAGAAGAGCAAAGAGGAGCUCUUCAAUCAGUUUUUCGGUGGCAGAGAUCUAAAUUUCAGUUCAACUGCUGUAAAAGGAUUCGAAGAAAGCAAACGGAAAGUACCCAGUUGCCCAGAUCCUCUCCAUAACUAG